AUGAAUUCAGGUUCCAAACCCAGCAGGGGCCAAGACCUAGGAGCAUGCAGUUCCCUGAGGGGUCUUCUGGCCCAGUUUCCAGUGAAUGAAGUUCUGUUGACAACUCAAACCCCUAUGUUCAUUGCAGCAUUACUCAUGGGGACCAGGACAUGGAAACAACCAAAGUGCGAUAGAUAUUUGGAUAAAGAAGACAGGAGAGCCAGGGAGAGCCCAUCCCUGCUACUGUAUAACACAGCCAAAAGCGGCCCUGCAGGGGACCUGUCUAAUACCUCCAUGGGGAAACUGCAGGGACAGUUAUACAAGGGAGCAUAUACUAUGUUCAAGUACACACCGAUGUUUGACAGCGACUUCAUACAUUUUAGUGAAAGAGAAGGGAUUCAUGUGCACGAGGGUGUCCAAAUGGAGAUGGUGGGUAUCAUUCGUACCAGCCCCUACCUCGCACUACCUGAUGCCAAGCUGCUCGCCACCCAGAAGAGAGGUAGCAAGCCUACACAGAUCUUAGAGUGAGUGAGGCUGCUCCCCUCGAUGUUUGUGAAGGUAUCCAUCCACAAAUCAAAAUGACAACAGCUCCACCUGAAGCUUGCCAUAGGUCACUCUUUCCUUCAGCUGUGUCCUCAUUCAGAUAUAAGAGGUCUUUUGGCUCCCUGGGAAGACCUCGUUUACAUGUUAAAACCUCCAGUGGAGGUUCACAGCAGUUCCUACACCAUUCCAGCAGAUGUCACACUGGACAUACUUUGA